GCCCCCAAACCGCACCUGCCCCCCGCACAGAAAGGGGCAGACACCCCCCUCGGCGACGAGCCGGAGGGAAAGCACAAGAAAGGAGGCCGAGAAAACAAGAAGGACAAAUCCAAAAAGAAGAGGAACAAGUCUUCCAAGAAAAAGGGCAGGAAAGAAUCCAGAAAGAAGAGGAAAGAGUCUCCGAGUCCUGUGGAAGAGGCUCUCUUGCUGACCACUGCUCUGCCUGAACUUUUGGAUGAGGGCCCCGAGAAAACCACUGUCUUACCAAAGACUGAGCAAACCCCCAUUUUGGUAGCCACACCUGCACUGCCUGAGCUUUCACAGGAGUUCCCUGUGCUGCCAACUCUGCUGCCUGAAUCUGCUAUAGAGGCCUCUGUGGAAGUCUCUUCACUGCCUGAAUCUACAUCCGAGGCCCAGGUGGUGGCCACUCAACUGCCUGAGUCCCUGGUGGCUAGGGAAGAGGUGGAGAAGCCUCCUAAGGAGCCCGAGGUGGAAGAGUUCAGUGAAGACUACUACAACGAGCUUUACGAGGACAUCCCCGUCUCCACGGUCACCGUGGGUCCCAACGUCACGGAGUACGAGACGGUGGAGUAUGAGGACGGGCGGACCAAGGAGGGGGAGUACGAGGUGGUGGAGUAUGAGGACUACGACGAAUAUGAAGACCGCUACGGCCUGGUGGAGCGAGAGGGAGCGGAGACCAGGGAGGUGGAGGAUCGGCUGCGGAGGCCAGAGAAGGGGGAGAAAGGCGAACCAGCCAUCAUCGAGCCGGGGAUGCUGAUGGAGGGGCCUUUAGGCCCACCUGGACCACAGGGUUCGACUGGACCCCAGGGUCCGAUGGGGCCCCCGGGGCCGCCUGGAGAUCCUGGAGACCUG